AUGUAUCGCAAGUACGACACAUCCCUUUCGACUCAAUGCCGAUUACGCCACGCUGGGUGGGAGUCCUCGCGAGUGUUACGUCACGAAGGCUUAAAUUUACAACGAGAAAUUGAAACGCCUGAUUAUCCCUUCUUCAAAAACGUUCAGGCAUUAGCACUUCAUAUCAACCCCAUAUUACAAACCCUGAUGACCCCAAAGUAUUCUUUAGCUAUCGCCGCACUUGGGGAAUUACUAUGGCAAGCGAAAGAAAACAUAACGCAUGAGGCUCUCCUCGACAAUUAUUUAGUGGAGAAUGGCGUUCUCAAACAAUUUCUGUUAAUGAUGCAACAAUCCACUUUGAAUGAAAACGAAGUAUUGACUCUUCUUAAGUAUCUCACGUCAGUGACUGGAAGUUAUGAAAUUGACUCACACUUCUUGUUCAAUUUGGGCAUCGAAAACGCACUACUCCCAUACAUCACUAACCCUAAAUGUACAGACAAGGUGAUUUGGGUGAUCGCUAAUUUGGCGGGAAGUAGUGGUCCGCAGAGGACUGAGACCUUCAUGAAAUUUGGUCCGGUGGUGCUUCAAAUGAUUCAAAAUGGGGUCUUCCCCAUCAAUGGAAAUUAUGAAGUGGUCUGGCUCAUCUCCAAUUUCUGUAUGUUUGACAACCCAAUUCCUUUCACUUCAUUACAACCAUUCCUCGAGUAUUUGUUCGCUGUCGCCAACAAAACAACUAGUCACAAAAUCCUUGUCGAGGCAUUGAGUGGGAUAUAUAACGCCUGUGAAAGCGCCAAAUUGUGGGAGGCGCUUGGUUCUUCCGCUCUACAAGUGAUGUCGGAAUACAUGAAGAGUGAAGUCUGUGAUGUUUUAGAAGGUGUGAUGAGGAUAGCUGGGGUAUUAGCUUGUCAUGAUGCUUUCACACCCCAAUUAGUUACAAUUGGGGUAUUAGAUACCAUCAUGUCUUUAAUGGAACAAACCGAGUCAAAGUCUGCGAUGAAGAACGCGAUGUGGACAUUGUCAAACAUAGUAGCUUCUCCCAAUUCUGAUGUCCAUUAUGAAGUGAUGAAAUCGUGUAUAUUAAUGGGAGUCAUUCGGAUCAUCAAUGAAGAAAAUAUGAAAGUAGGGUUUGAGGCGGCUUGGGCUCUUGUUAAUGCGUUCAACACAUUCGAUUCAAGUUAUAUCGAACACAUACUUAGCUAUAAUAGUCAACACGUUCAACCACGUCUUGCCUUAUUCAACAUGUUUUCUAUCAAACACAAAGACCGGGGGGAGACCGACCAUUACCUCUAUUACUUACUCGAAGCCAUCUCCAACGUCUUAACUUGUGACCCAAUCGAUGGCCAACAUAUUACUGAUAUUCUCAAAGAAAAUGGUGUCAUCGAGGAGAUAUAUAAAAUCACCACAGUCGGGUGUAAAGCAAAUAUAGACAAAGCCAAUGAAGUGUUGCAACAGUAUAAACUUGUUCUAGAACAAGACAUGGAUGAGCUUUAA